UUGCAGCCCGUUUGCGCUGAGAGAGCAGAACACCUCCAGAAGUGAGACAGAGGAGCGCAUCCAGAGUGCGCAUAGCUGACAUAUGGAAUAUUUAUUAGUGAAGGGUGGCAGGAUCAGCUGUGUUCAGGAGCUUUUUGUUUAAACUCAUUAGUUUAUUGAGUUUUUUUCCCCACCCCAAAUGUUUUGGAGCGUUUGUGUGAUGGGAGGAACGGGCUGGCGCGGGCUCCUGGUGCUCGCCUCCAUGGCGAGCUUGGCCGCUGGCGCGCAGGGGAAAACUGUCAAAUACCAGACAUUUGAGGAGGACGCACCGGGGACGGUGAUCGGAAACUUAGCCAAGGACAUCUCCCUCGGCCCCUCUCCAUCCCGGAGCAAUUUCAGGAUCAUGAAACAGUUUAACUCCUCUUUCAUCCGUCUGAGGGAGAGCGACGGACAGCUGAGUAUAGGAGAGAGGAUAGACAGGGAGCGCAUCUGCAAACACACCCUGCAAUGCCUCAUCGCUUUCGACGUGGUCAGCUUCUCCAAGGAGCAGUUCAAACUCAUCCACAUAGAAGUGGAGGUCAAGGACAUUAACGACAACUCCCCCGAGUUCCCCCGAAAAGAGUCGAGUUUGGAGAUCUCCGAGAACACGGCGGUGGGGACGCGCAUCCCGCUGGACUUCGCCGUGGAUGAAGAUGUUGGGGUGAACUACAUCCAAAGCUAUCAGAUCUCUGUCAACAGCCACUUUUCCAUCGACGUGCUCAGCAGAGCCGACGGGGUUAAAUAUGCGGAGCUGGUGCUGAUGAAGGAGCUGGACCGGGAGACGCAGGCGUCUUACGCGCUGGAGCUGAUGGCCAUGGACGGCGGGAACCCGUCCCGCAGCGGGACGACGCGCAUCAACAUCAAGGUGAAAGACUACAACGACAACAGCCCGGUGUUUGACCGGAACAGCUUCUCCGUGGACCUCCGUGAGGACGCGCCCGUCGGUUCCCUCCUGCUGGACCUGAACGCCGAGGACCCGGACGAGGGUCUGAACGGGGAGGUGGUGUACGGGUUCGGCCACCAAGUGCCCCAAGAGAUCCGACAACUCUUCAGAGUGGACAGGAAAACCGGGCGGCUCACUUUGGAGAGUCCGGUGGACUUUGAGAGCAAGACCACGUACGAGUUCGACGUCCAGGCGGCGGAUUUGGGUCCGAGUCCGAGUCCUGCCAUCUGUAAAAUUGUAGUGCAGGUGCAGGACGUGAACGACAACGCGCCGGAGAUCUCCAUUACCCCCAUGACCUCCAUCACCGCGGGGAUCGCCUACAUCACGGAGGCUGCGGCCAGGGAGAGCUUCGUGGCGCUGGUCAGCACCUCGGACAGAGACUCCGGCGCCAACGGGCAGGUGCACUGCACGCUGUACGGACACGACCACUUCCGGCUGCAGCAGGCGUACGAGGACAGCUUCAUGAUCGUCAGCACCAGCCCGCUGGACCGGGAGAAGAUCCCCGAGUACAACCUGACUGUGGUGGCGGAGGAUCUGGGCUCGCCCCCGUUCAGAACCAUCACGCAGUACACCAUCCGGCUGACGGACGAGAACGACAACGCGCCGGUGUUCAACAAGCCCGUGUACGAGGUGGCUGUGGUGGAGAACAACCCGCCCGGCGCGUACAUCACCACGGUGGUGGCGCGCGACAUGGACAUGGGGUCAAACGGGAAAGUGACCUAUAAGCUGGCGGACACGUACGUCAUGGGCUCCCCCAUCUCCGCCUUCGUGUCUUUGGACCCCGCCAGCGGCUCGCUUUACGCGCUGCGGAGCUUCAACUACGAGCUGAUGAAACAUCUGGAGCUGCGCGUCACGGCCAACGACGGCGGCUCCCCGCCGCUGUCCGGCAGCGCCAGUGUCCACGUCCGGAUCGUCGACCAGAACGACAACUCCCCCGUCAUCACGCAGCCCCCGCUCAACAACGGCUCCGCGGAAGUCCUGCUGCCCCGGGACUCACCCACGGGCUACGUCAUCACCCGCGUGGAGGCGCGCGACGCGGACGAGGGCGUGAACUCGGAGCUGUCCUACGGACUGGCCACCGGGGAGCCCUCCGUGUUCUCCGUCAACAAAGCCACGGGGGAGAUCUACCUGAACCAGGUGCUGAGCCACGACGUGGACGAGACCCUGAGCGUGACCGUGACGGUCAGCGACAGCGGCAGGCCCGCGCUCACCUCCACCGCCACGCUGCACUUCCUCAUCAUCGAGGGCUCCCCGCCGAGCGACAGGACGCUGUACCAGCCGGGCGCCGGGGACGACGCGCACGCGCAGUGGGACCUGUCGGUGGUGAUCAUCGUCGUGCUGGCGGGGAGCUGCACCCUGCUGCUGCUCGCCAUCAUCCUCAUCGCCACCACCUGCAACCAGAGGAAGCGGGACAAGAGCGGCGAGGACAGCGACUCAUACGGGGAGAAGGGCACGCUGGAGCGGGGCAGGACGCACGUGGUGGACAACCCGCUCCUGCCCCUCCACGGGGCAGCGGGGGCAGAGCCCUUUGAGGGCCACUCCUUUGCCAGCCAGCCCGGCAGCUUCACCCCGGCUCACCCCGUGAGCAACGACAUGUGUUCGGCCUCGGAGGACGGCAGCGAGGUGCCCUGCGUGUACGAGUCUGACAACAACAGCAAGCUGCGUGGGAACAAACACGAGGGCUACUCCACCCUCCCCGGCUAUGGGAAUGGCAAGGAGGCAGUGAGGCCCAUCACCAUCUGGAAGGGGAACUCCUACACCACCAUCUCUGCCAGGGACCCAGCUUUCAGCGGGAAGGACAGUGGCAAAGGGGACAGUGACUUCAAUGACAGUGACAGUGAUGUGAGUGGAGACACCGGCCUGAAGAAGGAUGGAGUGGUGGUCCCUCCAAUGGGCGGCCAGAAUGCUCUGUGGGCUUGCACCAGUGAGUGUAAGGUCUUGGGCCACUCUGAUCGAUGCUGGAGCCCCUCAGCAGUGAGGGCCAGCGUGGCCCCCUCCCCAGCACCGACUCUUUCGUCCUUCAGCAGCCUUCCCAAGACGGCCUCUCUGCCCCGGGACCCCAACCGUAGAGACUACCAAGCCCAAAUCCCCAAAACGGUGGGGCUGCAGAGCGUCUACGAGAAGGUGCUCCACAGAGAGUACGACUACGUUUUGGUCACCCCACCCAGGCCUGUGAGGGUGCAGGAAAUCAGUGACAUGAGUAUUCCUGUCUACACCCCCACACCAACACACUGCCCCAACAAUGAGGCCUAGAACAGUUCAAUGAAGACUGAUGGAUGAUGAGAACAUUUUAAGGUAUUUGUUGUGGGGAGAGUGUGCAAAAAUGAUCCUGAUUAUGUAUAUUUUUAUGUUUUUGGAAGUCCAUUCCAUCACCUUGAGACAUUUGUGGGAUGUGAAGUGUAUCAUAUGCAAGAUUUGUACAUAGAGAGAUUUUAUUUUUUAUAUAUAAAAAAUAUAAAUAAUCCAAAUAUGUAAUAUUGAUCAUGAAGCAUGCUUUCUAUUUAAACUGCCCACAGAAACCUUCGCUGACAACAAUGUAAUGACAUCAUUUGAAUGCAAUAAUAAAUCAUUGUACAUAUUUUGUAUUGUCACAAUAUUCUGAAAGGAAAUAAACUUUGAAUUACUGUUGUGA